CCGGCUGUAACGCCCGGCGGGGGGAGUCGGAUUUGUGGGGUUCAUUGAUCCUCGCCUCCCCUCCCCCCCUUCUUAAGGGGGUUCUGGAUCGCCAGCCCCCGGGAAGCCCGGGGGGGGGAGCAGGCUGGUAUUUGGGUAUAACGCCCAAAGGGGGAUUUCUGAAGGGGGCGUAGUGGGGGGGGAUUUUUUGCCCUGGCUUUCUCGGGGGACCAGCGGAGGCUGAUGUGAUGUUCUGGCAGCCACCUCCGCUAGAUGCCUUCUGCCUGCUUCUGGGGCUGCUGAUUGUGGGUGAGCCCCAAUGCCGGUGGUGCACCCUGAACCCCCUGACGGGGGCUGGGGCUGGAUGGUGGUGCUGGCCGCCUUCUUCCAGUCGGCGCUGGUUUUCGGGGUGAUCCGCUCCUUCGGCGUCUUCUUCAUGGAGUUUGUGGGGUACUUUGGGGAGCUGUCCGGGCGGGUGUCCUGGAUCACCUCCAUCGGGAUCGCGGUGCAGCAAUUUGCUAGUCCGGUGGGCAGCGCCCUCAGCACCCAGUACGGCGCCCGCCCCGUAGUGAUGGCCGGGGGCCUCCUCUCGGGGCUGGGCAUGCUCCUGGCUUCCUUCGCCACCAGCCUGACCCACCUGUACGUGAGCAUCGGGCUGCUCUCAGGCUUCGGGUGGGCCUUGGUCUUCACACCCUCCGUGGCCUCGGUGGCUCGUUACUUCAAGAAGCGCCGGACGUUCGCCACAGGCUUGGCCUUCACGGGCGUGGGCCUGUCCUCCUUCGCCUUCUCCCCACUCUUCCAGUUCCUGGUGGACACCUACGCCUGGCGGGGGGCCCUCCUGGUGGUGGCCGGCAUGUCCUUCAACCUGGUGGUGUGCGGAGCCCUAAUCCGCCCCCUGACCCUCAAGGAGGACCUGGCCAGCCCUGGGGACCCUGGCGGGAGCUGCCUGGGGAAGCUUUCCACCCUCUUUGGCCUGCCUUUGCUCUCCCACUGGCCCUUUGUGAGAUUUGUGCUAGCCGUGACCUUGAUCAACACCGGCUACUUCAUUCCCUACGUCCACUUGGUGGCCCGAGCCCGGGAGCUGGGCUUCGAUGAGUACCAGGCUGCCUUCCUCAUGUCCGUGGCAGCCGUGGCCGACCUGUGUGGCCGCCUCCUCUCGGGUUGGCUGGCCGACUGCCGGGCUUUCCGCCUCAGCCACAUUUUGGUGGCCUGGACCUCCCUGACUGGCAUCUCCUUGGCACUGGUGCCUCUGGGGCACGGCUACCCGUUGUUGAUGGCCAUCAGCGUCUGUUAUGGGUUCUUCUCCGGGGCGCUCACCCCCGUGGUCUUUUCCAUCCUGCCGGAAAUUGUGGGCAUCGGGCGGAUUUUUGGCUCUAUGGGGCUGCUGCAGAUGAUGGAGAGCAUCGGCGGGCUUCUGGGAGCGCCGUUCUCUGGUUGGCUGCGGGACAUGACUGGGGACUACAUGGCCUCUUUCUUGGCAGCUGGGGCUUUCCUCUUGGCUGGGAGCCUGGUUUUGGUCACUCUGCCCAACUUCUUCUCCUGUCUGGGCACCUCCUCUCCUGCCUGCCGGGGCACCCAGGUGGAGGCAGGGGCAGAGCCGGCUCCAUUGACACCAGCCUCUGGGGAACAUUCCUCCCAGGACAGAGACUAGCCGGCCAGAAGCCAAGAUCUCAGGGAGCCGGUGUGACUGCAAGGGAGUGCUGGGACCAUCACCAGGUUCUGGAAGGGAUAAUGUGGUAAAUUCCAGGCUGGUGAGGGGUCUCUAUCUAAAAGGGUGCUCCUUCACAGAAAUAAGCCACUUCACUACCCCCCUUGCCCUCUUGGAUUCUCCUCCGGUGCCUCCCACGGGCUCUGGGCUCGGGCUCCAACCUCCCAGCAGCCUGCUGGAAGCCUAGGGCUUGUUCUGGAGGUCCAUAAGUCAGGGAGGAUGUUGAGGAAGGGGAGAGACCCCAGCGAGGAGCAGAAAUUGGAUCAGAGUCUGGGUCUAAGGCAAAGAACAUUUUAUAAAGGGGGAGGGGGAUCGGGCCGCUGCGUUCAUUUGGGGAAAUACGGCACUGACCUAUCGAGGGCAAACAGGAAGUAAAAGGCCCCCUCCCGUAAUCUCUUGGGCAGCAGGCCCCUGCCUCAGUUUCCCCACUUGCUGCUAGGAAUAGCUGGCAGGAAAUAGACACCCAGCUUUGUACCCCACGUCGGGGCAUUAGUGAUGUCCCAGAGCCCAGAAAUGCAGUUACCGGUUCCGGAUUUAUGGAUUUUGUGCUGCUAGAUGUGUAAUUAGACAGGUAUGGCUGGGGAAGGGGGGCGGGUCUCAUCGGGCAUCGUUUACCCUCCAGAAGGUAGGAUUUGGUGAUUUAAAAGGGGGGAGGGGGUUGUUUAGAGAAAUGACAGUUUCGAGGGGGGACAAAAGCGGCGGUUUCAAGUGCCACCUUUUCUGGAACAGAGCUGCGUUUGGGGGGAAUUAAAACCAGCCAAUUCCUCUGGCAGGCGUCCGAGUUCAUGGUCCCCUAACCAGCGCGGGAGAGAAAGGGGCCCAAGCGGACAUGACUAGGUUGGAAGCGGCCAGAGUGGCGCUCCCUGCCCCCUCCCCGGCAGAUGGACCAAAGGUUGAACGUGCCUCGUGGAAGCAAAGCGGUGUGAAAGUUCAUCUGAUUUUCCACUGAUUGAAAUGAACAAGUCUCUUCACGAUGGGGCGGGAGGGAACAGGGAGAGUAAAUAUUAAUGUUGCCUGAGGAGAUGGAAGAUUAACAAGGGAGGUUUCUCCAAGGAUUGGGCAAAAGAGCUUGUGGUGGGUUUGCAGAGUUGUGGGGGCGGGGGAGAAGAAAGAAAAGGGAUUAAUAUAAGUACAGGGCAGACCUGGUGAUGAUGGAACCUAGGAGUCCUGGGUCCCAGCCACCCCCUGCUCUAACCCACCAGAUCCCAGACCCCUGUGAUCCUGGUCCCUGUCCAUUGUCUGGGACAUUGCACGUACCCUUUGUAAUCCAGUCUUUUCCAGGCUCUUUGGGGGCAGUUGGUUAUCCAGGGACCCCUCACCAGUGCUGAGAUGCGGCCACCUCUGGGGUGGGGCGGCUGGUUAUAUAGGGACCCCUCGCCCGGCGCUGAGAUGCGGCCACCUCUGGGGUGGGGCGGCUGGUUAUACAGGGACCCCUCGCCCGGCGCUGAGAUGCGGCCACCUCUGGGGUGGGGCGGCUGGUUAUACAGGGACCCCUCGCCCGGCGCUGAGAUGCGGCCACCUCUGGGGUGGGGCCGCUGGUUAUACAGGGAUACCUGAAACAGCAUGGAAACUUUUUAAAGACACCAUUUAAAUGCAUACCCCCAAAUUAAAAAAAAAAACAGCAAGAGGGACCGAAAAAGUGCCACCAUGGUUAAACGACUAAGUAAGAAAAGACGUGAGAGGCAAAAGGGCAUCCUUUAAAGAGUGGAUGUUAAAUCCUAGUGAGGAAAAGAGAAAGGAGCAUCAACUCUGGAUAAAAAUACAAUGAGGAAGGCCAAAAAGGAAUUUGAAGAGCAACUAGCCAAAGCCUCAGAAAGUAACAGCAAAAAAGUGUGUUAAGUACAUCAGAAGCAGGAAGCCGGCUAAGCAACCAGUGGGGCCUUGGCCAAUGGAGAUGCUGACGGACCGCUCAAGGACGAUAAAGCCAUUGCGGAGAAACUAAAUGAAUUCUUUGUAUCGGUCUUCCCAGCCAAGGACAGGAGGGAGAUUCCCAAACCCUUCUGUUCCGGUGACAGAUAUGAGGAACUGUCCCAGAUUGAGGUGUCAUUAGAGGAGGUUUUUGGACCAAAUUGAUGAAUUAUAGACUCAUAGACUCCAAGGUCAGAAGGGACCAUUAUGAUCAUCCGGUCUGACCCCCUGCAUGCCGCAGGCCGCAAGACCCUUCCCGUUGAAGUCCCCAAUCCUGUGUUUUAGUGACUUCAAUCGGCAGAGACCCUCCUGCUAGUGAUCCCUGCCCCAUGCUGCGGAGGAACGCGAAAAACCUCCAGAGGCUCAGCCAAUCUACCCUGGAGGAAAAUUCCUUCCCGACCCCAAAUAUGGCGAUCAGUACUACCCCGAGCAUAUAGGCAAGAGUCUCUAGCCUGACCCUUGUUGGCCAUUAUGCUAUUCAUGUACCAUUGCUUGGUUUUCCUUGGCUACUAUGUUUUAUCAUUAAACCAUUCCCUCCAUAAACUUAUCCAACUUAAUCUUAAAACCAGUCAGGUCCGUUGCCCCCACCGUUUCCCUCGGAAGGCCGUUCCAAUAUUUCACCCCUCUGACGGUCAGAAACCUUUGUCUAAUUUCAAGCCUAAACUUCCCCCGGCCAGUUUGUAUCCAUUCGUUCUCGUGUCCACAUUAGUACUAAACUGGAAUAAUUCCUCUCCCUCCCUUGUAUUAACCCCUCUGAUAUAUUUAAAGAUAGCAAUCAUAUCCCCCCUCAGCCUUCGCUUUGUCAGACUAAACAACCCAAGCUCCUCUAAUCUCUUUUCAUACGACAGGUUUUCCAUUCCUCUGAUCAUCCUAGUCGCCCUUCUCUGCACCCGUUCCAGUUUGAGUUCAUCUUUUUUAAACAUGGGAGACCAGAACUGCACACACUACUCCAAAUGAGGUCUCACCAGCGCCUUAUACAACGGAAGCAGGACCUCCCUAUCCCUACUAGAUAAGUCACCAGGACCAGAUGGGAUUCACCCCAAACGUCUGCAAGAACUCAAAUGUGAAAUUGCAGAACUACGAACUGUCAGUCUGUAACCUGUCGUUGAAAUCAGCUUCGGCACCGGAUGGCUGGCAGAGAGCUAAUGUGACGCCAAGUUUUUUCAACAGGCUCCAGAGGUGGUGAUAUCAUAUAAAUCAUAGAAGAUCAGGGUUGGAAGGGACCUCAGGAGGUAUCUAGUCCAACCCCCUGCUCAAAGCAGGACCAAUGCCCAGACUGAUUUUUUUUUUCCCCAGAUCACUAAAUGGCCCCCUUAAGGAUUGAACUCACAACCCUGGGUUUAGCAAGCCAGUGCUUUGCAUUAUAGUCAGCACAAAGGCAAGGAACCUCCAGGCCUGUCUCCCGGAAGACAUUCGCUUCUGCAUGUUAGCACAAGGCUUGGGGCCUAGGCACUUUGCACUGAAAAAUGGCCCAAUGGAACCCCCCCCCGCCCAAUAUUCGGGGAGCUGGAAAUAGGGUUUAAGGGGAAGUUCUGACCACAGGUACAUGUGUCAACUACACAAGUGUCCUGGCAACAAACUGACGUAUAUAACAGGUACAUGGGAUGCAGCCGAGGCUAGUCAGCUUGCUUGCCUAUAUAUUGUUUCUUAUGGGUUUGAUUAUUAUAGGUUUAUAUUAGAGUAUAUUUUGGCUGUAACACAAGGGACCCGCAGGCCACACCCUGUAUGCUGAGCUAAGGUGAAGUUAUCCUACAUAUGUUUAGGACUUUUCACCUAGAGAGAUGGUGAAGAGGUAAAACAUAAGGUCCGUAUAGGGCUGUGACCUUUAACAUAGAGGGUGCAUUGGGUACCUGCCUGACCCUGCUGCCGGGGCUCCCUUCAUGCUGUACUGCUGUGACAAGCUACAGACACACUCCCGGUCUCUCACUUUCCCCAGGUAGGGACACACCCAGCGGUGGUAACAUGCAAACAGGCUUUCUGGCCAGCCACUGCAUGGGAAAGCUUCAGCUAAGGAAAUGCCUAGAUAUCCGAGUGCACACCCCCACUCUGGAGGGUCAGCCCAAAGUCGUACCUCUCCUGCCGCACAGGGAAGGGUACAGCCUAAGCUCAUGAAAUUCACCCCCUCUCUCAAUGUGGACAGGAAAUAUACAAGCUUUCCACCCCUUGUUACAACUCCCACAGAUUGGUUUUAGACAAAACAAAAACAAGUUUUAGUGACAUGAUGUGAAGUGAUUCUAAGGGAUAGCAAACAGAGCGACCCCUUCUCCUCCAGUUCAAUCUUUGUUUCUUGGGUGUUUCCAAGCAUCUCCUUUGGGCUGGGAGUCAGUGAAGAAGAACCAUGAUGAUGUUACUCCCCUGCCUUAAAUAGCUUUUGAAUCAGUAAGGGCAUCGCCAGCAGAUCAAGGGAAGUGAUCAUUCCCCUCAAUUUGGCACUGGUGAGGCCACAUCUGGAGUAUUGCGUCCAGUUUUGGGCUCCCCACCACAGAAAAGAUGUGGACAAAUUGGAGAGUCCAGCGGAGGGCAACAAAAAUAAUUAGGAGGCUGGGGCACAUGACCUACGAGGAGAGGCUGCGGGAACUGGGGUUAUUUAGUCUGCAGAAGAGAAGAAUGAGGGGGGAUUUGAUAGCUGCUUUCAACUCCCUGAAGGAGUGUUCCAAAGAGGACGGAGCUCGGCUGUUCUCAGUGGUGGCAGAUGACAGAACAAGGAGCAAUGGUCUCAAGUUGCAGUGGGGGAGGUCUAGGUUGGACAUUAGGAAAAACUAUUUGUCACAGACUCCCAGAUCGUGCCCACUCCUGGCCCUGUGCGGUCCGUGGGGGGUGCCUCUUUCAGUGCGACAGCCCUUCUCGGGGGUCCACUCUCUCUUGGGGUCAGGCCCCCUCCACCUCCUGGAGCCGCACCUCUCUGAGCCUUAGCAUGUCUGUUUCUCACUGUGGGCCCCCUCAGGGAGUCCACUCGCUCUGGACCCACCAGGCCUCCACCCCCGAAGGGGUUGAUGCAACCCUGUUCUCUAGCCUGGAGUGACUCUCAGCCAGUGUCACACAGGAGGGUUAUUGAGCAUCUGAACACAACACAGGAAACUCUCCGGGCCUCAGGCCUGGCCUCCCUCAGCACAGCACAUCCCAGUCUCUCUGCAUCCAGGGGGGCUCUGCCUGCUCCCCCUCUCCAGCCCCGAGCCCCCCUGCUUCCCAGCUGGGCAUCUGAGAUCCCCGGCCCCAAGCCCCACCUCUGUCCAUUGUCUUCUCUCCAGGGAAACCGGGUCACCUGGGCCUCCUCUCCUCUCAGCCCUCCUCUGGCCCCUCUGGCUGGUCAGGUCCCCGGGGGCCUCUCUUCACAGCCAGUCCUCCCACUGGCCAGAACCGGCUGCGACUCCUGAGCUGGGUCUCCGCGUCGUAAGGUCACCAGUUGCUGGUGCAGUUGUCCAUCCUCCAGGCCAUCGGCUGGGGUCCCAAGUUCCCUCUCCGGUCCUCUGUAACUACAAACUCCCUCUCCCCUCACCUUGUUAAACUAGUAACCCCCAGGGAAACUGAGUCUCACCCCCUAUGCAUGCAAACCAUUGGAAAAACAAGGAAAACACAAGAAAAUCCCCCACUUCGUCACACUAUGUCACUAGGAGGGUGGUGAAGCACUGGAAUGGGUUCCCUAGGGAGGUGGUGGAAUCUCCUUCCUUAGAAAGAACAGGAGUACUUGUGGCACCUUAGAGACUAACACAUUUGUUAGAGCAUAAGCUUUCGUGGGCUACAGCCCACUUCUUCGGAUGCAUAGUCCACGAAAGCUUAUGCUCUAAUAAAUGUGUUAGUCUCUAAGGUGCCACAAGUCCUCCUGUUCUUUUUGCGGAUACAGACUAACACGGCUGCUACUCUGAAUCCUUCCUUAGAGGUUUUUAAGGCCUGUCUUCACAAAGCCCUGGCUGGGAUGAUUUAGUUGGGGAUUGGUCCUGCUUUGAGCAGGGGGUUGGACUAGAAACCUCCUGAGGUCCCUUCCAACCCUGAUCUUCGAUGAUAAGGUGGGAACCCUUUGUCUCCAACUUUUUAGCUCUCACACUGGUCAGUGGAAAAACACUGGUAUUCUCUGAUGGAGUCCAGUACCGGGUGAUUGGUUACAUGCCCCUGUAGGGCCAUAACCUCCAUGAGUUAGAGGUUGGUUGUAGUGUCCCCAGGAAGGCUCCCCGGUGGGAGAUUAGCAUCUUCUAAGACCUACUGUUUUCUCUAAUGGCCCUUCCCAGAAUGCAAUCUAGACCGAUUGCAUUCUGCCUAGUGGGCAUUCCCCAGAUGCAAACACUUGUAAUAGAUGCAUGGACAAUAUUCUUAACUUCAGAUACCAAAAUGAUACAUGCAUACAAAUUGGAUAAUCCUAUUCAUGGAAUCAUAACCUUUCCAAUGAUAUCUCCCAUGAUCGAUCCUGGGAAGCGAGACAAAGACAAGGAGGAGGAGCAACGGGGGUGUCUGAGGUCCAGUCACUGGAAGCCGGGCAGUCUUCAGUUUGGGACUAGAAGAGGGGGAGUCCGGGGCGUCUGGAUCGGGACUCCCCCAAGAUGGACUUGGCUGAAAGUCACUGAUUUCUAUGCUAACAAGUUCUGUCCUACGCUGUGUUUCUGUCGACUAAUAAACCUUCUGUUUUA